CCAGAAGAGCCAGACAAGACAGUUUUGCAUAAGAAUCUUGUACAGAAAAUGGACGACGAUACAAUUGCGACAUUCCUAGCGGUAGCGGGAAUCGACGACGAGGACACAGCCAAACAGUUUCUCGAACUCACGAAUGGCGACUUGGAGUAUGCGGUUACUUUGUACAUGGAGUCGCGACAACACGGUCUGGCUGGCUCAGCACCUGCUGCAUCCAAUGAUCAUUCUAACGAUGAAGAGUUGGCACAACGUCUUCAGAACGAGGCGUAUUCGUCUAAUAUGGAAGAUAAUGUUAGAGCUGCUGAUGCAAAUGUCCAUAGACACGAGACUUUGGUAGAUAGUUUUGGGCCAUCUUUUGGUUUUCAUCCCCUGAUGCACCAACCAACAAGUCGUCCGGGAGACAUUUUUGGUAGAGGCAAUGUUGGGCCCUUUAACCAGCGAUUUGAUCGGGCAGAAAACGAAUUCUAUCUCAAUCGCUUCGAAGAGAUAGAGGAUGGCGACGAUGACGACGACGAAGACGAAGACGAUGACAUAAUGGAGUUGGACGAACACGGUGAUGUCAUCCCAUCCAGACCUGCUGGUAGAAGAAGACGUCUAAGAUCAGAAAGAGAAGAAGAAUUGUCUUCCACACAACGUCGUUUGGCUAACUUGUUCCGUCCGCCUUUCGAUUUGAUGUCCAUGGUUAAUUUGGACGAGGCAAAGAAAAAAGGCAAGGUAGAAAACAAAUGGAUCUUAAUAAAUAUCCAACAGACGUCUGAAUUCAAGUCUCAUAUGCUUAAUCGAGACUUCUGGUCAAACUCGCAAGUGAAAGCCGCUGUUAAGGAGAACUUCAUAUUCUUGCAAUAUCAAAGUGACUCGCCCAACGGUGUAUCAUAUCUUAACUUUUACUCGUCUGACGACUUUCCUCACAUAGCCAUCUUGGAUCCUUUGACCGGUGAGAGAGUGUACAAAUGGAAAGAUGGAGAAGUUCCUAAAGUGGACGAAUGGCUCAGGGAAGUUGACGAAUUCUUACACACCUUCUCAUUACUUCCUAAUUCAGACAACCCCGUAGUACAGCAUGAAGUCAAAUUCGACCCUGACGCCUUGACAGAAGAACAACAGAUCGAAUUUGCUUUAAAACAGUCCAUACUCGAGAACAAUGGCAAAUCUGCCUCCGAUGCUAUAGCAAUAGAUGAUAGCGAUGACGAAAACUUACCUGAAAUAGAAGACGAAGAAGAAGAAGCACCGGCUCCCACUGAACCAACAGAUCCAUUUGAAAGUAUUGCUGCCAUUUCUCAUGAAGAGCCCACUAGUUCUAACUCUACUAGGAUUCAGGUUAGAUUCCCCAACGGUAAGAGAUUGGUUCACAAAUUCAACUUGGAUGAUAAGGUAGUGACGAUAUUCCUGUGGUUGAAGUUCAUUCUCGCUGAAAGUGCCCAGGAGUAUGGCCUCUCUGCCGAUGAUAGAUUUGGCUUGUCAAACAGCUCGCAAAAGUCUUUCAAGUUUAUAGAAUCACUCGACACUACGAUAGAAGAAGCAAACUUGAAAAAUGCUAGUAUUUUAUUAGAAAAGGAAUGA